GUCGUUGCCUGGCUGUUCUUCGCACUGUGGCGGAGAGAGGGCCCGGUAGUGAAAGUUGUGAGGCUAAAGAGCGAGAGGACAGCAGGGGCUGACAGAUUUAUCUCUGGAAGGGGAGUUCGUUUGCAUGGGUGGCACCUUUGGUGCUCGAAAACUCCUCCGUGGGGAUGACGGUACUGUGGUGAGAGCAGGGUGAGAACAGAAAGUUGUGGUAGAGGAGAUGGGUGAACUCUUGAGUGCCCAGGUUCCUUCAGUGAGUCCUAAAGUUAAUGAGCUAUAAGUCAGACUCCAGUUACAUUAGUGAAAUGGCCAGAGAAAGAUGCAGGUGCUUCAGAUAAGGGAACACCAAAAAAAGUGUGGAGAUGCCAGAGGUCAGAACUCAGAUGUUGACUGCACUUCACCAAGCAUAUGGAGGGCUAAGGCUGUGUCUCAGUAGCUCCAGGGCCUACGCUUUUCCUGUCUCAGAGUUGGUCAACAUUAAAUGCUUUUUCUUGAGUGAAUGAAAGGAAGACGUGGCUGUCAUACCCAGGCUUCCCAAGAACAUAGGAAACAGAAGAGAGAAAUGAGAGGAAUAAGUGAGGGUCCCUGUUUGUUGGUUAGCAGACCUCUGUUUUAUUACUUUCACCGACUGCACUGUUAUAUAUUUUUAGUCUGUCUAUGUAAUGCCAGUUUUCUUAUCAAUAAAAUGGGAAGUCAUAUCCUGUCUUGAAGGCAUGUUCUAAAGAGUUUUUGGGGACUCAUUUUUGUUAGACAGCAGAGGAAGAAAAAUUUAAUGUCCCCUGAAUAAGUACGUAUGUGUAAUUCUGUUGUAAGUCAAAUUGAUGAUCUGUCUUCCCAGCAUCAUGCCUCAGAGACACCAGUGGAUAUUUGGAGACUUGAUGUUCCUUGGAAUUAGUUAUACCAUCAGGCUUUCUUAAUUACGCCUCACUAUUCUAUUAUCCGUUAUUUGCUCAAAUUCAAGGUGCCAAUGGGUUAAAGCAGUAACUCAAAUAUACUUAUUUCACCCCUCUCUUCAUCUAUGUAGGUGUGCAUGAGGGAAUCUAUACAGAUGUUAAUUCGGUCGUUCAAACAAUUAUUUUAGCUAUUAUGAGGAAGCAUUGCUGGGUGUUUUAGUAUAUGUAAAGGAUAUAGACUCUUGUCCUUACUAGUUGUUUAAAAUUUAGCUAAUUCAUUCACAUAUGUUGAACACCUAAGUAGUGCACACUUGGCUAUGUGCUGGGUUGUGGACAUGAAAAAGAUGAUUGUUGCUCUGAAGGAGCAGAUAGCCUCAAAGAGGAAACAGACGUGAAUAAAGAAUUGCAUUGAAGCCAGAUAUAUGAUAAAGGUGAUUGCCCACAGUGAGUAUCAAAAGUCCGAAAGAAUUUCCAUCUUUCUGAGCAUGCAAGAUGAAAUUGAGACAGAAGAGAUUAUCAAGGACAUUUUCCAACGAGGCAAAGUCUGCUUCAUCCCUCGGUAUCAGUUCCAGAGCAAUCACAUGGAUAUGGUGAGACUAGAAUCACCAGAGGAAAUUUCCUUACUUCCCAGAACAUCCUGGAAUAUCCCUCAGCCUGGUGAGGGUGAUGUUCGGGAGGAGGCCUUGUCCACAGGGGGACUCGAUCUCAUCUUCAUGCCAGGCCUUGGGUUUGACAAACAUGGCAACCGACUGGGGAGGGGCAAGGGCUACUAUGAUACCUACUUGAAGCGCUGUUUGCAGCAUCAGGAAGUGAAACCCUACACCCUAGCAUUGGCUUUCAAAGAACAGAUUUGCCUGCAGGUCCCAGUGAAUGAAAAUGACAUGAAAGUAGAUGAAGUCCUUUACGAAGACUCAUCAGCAUCUUAAAUCUGGAUUACUACAGCCAAAUAAUCAGUGUUUUAUAUGAGAGUAAAGCAAAGUAUGUGUAUUUUUCCUGUGUCAAAAAUUAGUUGAAAUUGUACAUUAAUGUGAAUACAGACUGCAUUUUAAAAUUGUAAUUAUAAAAUACCUUAUAUAAAACUAUGUUUAAAAACCAAUAGAAGUGUGAAUAAUAGAAUAUUAAUUAAAAUGGAGGCUAUCAGCCUAGUGAUUUUCAGCUUAA